AAAUUUUACGCCUCGUUGCUAUUCUUAAAAAUCGACUCAAAUCGAUCUUUCCCGUCCUUGAUAAAGUUCGGUACUUCUGCAAUAACAGUCCAAAGACCAGAGUUCGAUCAUAUCAGGUGAUCAGUACAGACAUGCGCAAUGGAGUUCACUUUUAGCUCCUCCCCCAAAACCGCUUAUCUCCGUACAAGUGUCAAACUGCAUGAAUUUGAUAUCAUCGAACUACUGAUCAGGCUCCCAAAAUUGCUGCGCGACCGUAGAGCGGCACUACAAGUCGACAAAUAGAGGAACACGAAUUGGGACCGAAAGACCAGGAACUAUUUCAGGCAUAGCUUUCCAGUUUUAGUCCGUGUUAUCAGGCGGUAGUGGAGUAGACAUGGCUUCCACGGCUCUGGUCUUGCUGGUUUGCGUGGCUGUAGCCGGCCAGUUGAACUACGUCGAAGGACAGACGGAUCCCGGCGAGUGUGAUGUGAACAUCAACAAGCCUCGCACGCCGGAGUUUCAGAAAAACCUGGACGACAUCGCGAUCAGAGAUGCCGAUCCCGAGUACUGGAGGAAUCAGGCUCGAGCCACCAUGAAGGAUGCCAUCAAUCUGUCCGAGAACCUGAACAAGAACACGGCCAAGAACGUCAUCUUGUUCAUCGGUGACGGCAUGAGCAUCACGACCGUGACAGGAGCCCGGAUCCUGAAGGGACAGAAGCUCGAUAUGCCCGGGGAGGAGGGAUUCCUAUCCUUCGAGGAGUUCCCCUACGUUGGAAUGUCCAAGACCUACAACGUUGACAUGCAAGUAUCGGACUGUGCCAGCACGGCCACGGCGAUCUUGACCGGAGUGAAGACCAAGAGCCGGGUGGUGGGUCUGAGCGGCGCCGCGGUACCUGGAGACUGCUCCUCGGCAAAAGGCAACGAGGUGAAAUCAAUUCUCACCGAAGCUAAAGAAGCAGGUUGGAACGUUGGUAUAGUGACAACUGCCGCCCUAGUUGGCAACACGCCAGCAGCAACUUACGCCCACAGCCCCGACGCAGACUGGAAACUUGAAAUCCCGGCCGAUCAGACCAAUUGUGAUGUCGACGACAUUGCAAAACAGUUCGUCGGUAAUGACGUGGAAAUUGACGUUGCGCUGGGCGGUGGCAGGCACUACUUCAUGAGGAACGACCAGACGGACCCAGAAGACUCAAGCGUUAAAGGAGGCAGGACGGAUGGCGCAGACCUCAUCCAGGCAUGGCAGACGAAAUACGGCGCACUGGGCAGCACUAGCUACGUCACCAACAAAGCAGCCCUUCAGUCGGUCAGUGCAUCCACCGAUUACGUUCUUGGUCUGUUCAACACCUUUGACAUGUCUUACAACGAGGGAAAGCCCGACAAGGAACCCAGUCUCACCGAAAUGGUGGAGACGGCGCUCCAGCUUCUCCAAAACAAAAACCAAAACUAUUUCCUGCUGGUGGAAGGAGCGCAUAUCGACACCGGACACCACGAAAACAAAGUCGGGCGUGCCCUCCACGAGACACUGGCCAUGGACGCGGCCGUCCAGAAAGCAAUGGCCAUGACAAGCAAAACUGACACCAUGGUGAUUGUCACCGCAGAUCACGGCCACACCAUGACCAUGGCCGGCUACCCUUGCAGGGGACAGCCCAUUCUAGGGAAAGUGUAUGCGAAGGAAGAGUUCGCCACGAUCAGUGACGGUAGGGCGUAUACCCAGCUGGGCUAUGUGAACGGGCCUUCCGCCGUGGCAGUUCAGCAGAGUUUCAUCAAUUCAGACGGCCGACCUCGCAUCGAUGCAGUAGACACGGAAGAUCUUGACUACCAAGCCCAGUCGCUGGUCCCCUUACUGGAGGAGACGCACGGAGGGGAGGACGUGCAGAUAUUCGCCAGCGGGCCCCACGCCCACCUGGCCCAGGGAGUACACGAACAGAGCUAUGUCAACACCCUAAUUAGCUACGGCGCUUGCCUGGGAAGAUACAGUGCACGACUGGGAUGCUAAACUGGGAUCGGUAGUGACCAUUGAAAUAGAGAGCUUGCACAGAGCGCCCUCACUGUGGACAGGUCUUUGUUCAUCUGUGGAAGUUAACACAAUGAGGAUGCUCUUUGCUCGUUCUCUUUUUGAGGACAUCAAUAAGACAUAAUUUUGGGCGAAUGAGUGCGCUGUAAGGAAUACUUGGGGAGGGGUGCAGAAUACGUGCAUCACAAUCUUUAAUGCUCAAUUUAUUUUAAUGAACGUGAUAGUUCCACUGUCUGUACCCAAAAAAUUGCGUCCGUAUACUGCGGAGGUUUAAUCAAGUCCAUCAUAGAGUCACAAAUUCAUCAGAAGUCAUGAUUACAUUGAAACACCUGUUUUAUCAAUAAAAUAGAGAUAUUCGAUUUAUUUUGAGUAUAUAUACCGCUUAUAAUAUGCCUGGUGUUAUCCAAUGUUGUCAAUUAAAAAAGGUACCAUCAACAACUUUUAACUUUAUAUUUUAAGUUAUCAAAAAAAUGUUAAUAAUAUUUCGAAUACAUCUGUUUAAUAUUAAUUUCUAUCAAAAUCAGACAUUUAAAAAAUACAUGUCACACAGACAUUUUUUGAAGGAGGAACUCAACGCAAUGUUGAAGAAUAUAAUUAAUUUCCUUUUUUUAUAUUAUGCAUUAAACACUAAUGGCAACUGUUUCACGAUGUUCAGAAAAAUGGUCAAACUUAGUGUAUGUACGAAAACUCGUUUUUAUCGUAGCAAUCUCUUUGCAUUUAAUUUCAGACAUGUCAAAGAGUAGGCCAUGAAAGGAUGGAAUGAAAAGAUUUCAGCUUACUAUGUUUUUUUAAUUCGAGUAUUGAAAUGAAAUAAAAAGUGACAUGAACUCUAUGAUGCUUUGAAAGGAUUCCAGUGUAUAUGAGUGAGGACAGAGCAAAAAUUCAGAGCAAAACAUGCAUCAUUUAUAUAGGCCUACUCCGGAUUGGUUACAACAAAAUACAUGUACAUUCAUAAAUGCUCUUCAUUCAAAUGUGUAAUGCAACAUUCGUUUACAGUUAAAUCUCGAUAAGUCAAACAUCAAGGGAACGAGUUUCAAAAUUUGACUUAAGCAGAGUUUUGAGUUAAGCAGGAUUGUAUAUCAUUGUUAUACUACUGAAGGCACUGGAUUCUUUGUUUGACUUAACAGUUGUUUUGAGUUAUCAGAGUUUGGCUUAAAGAGAUUCACUGUAUGUGGCACAGUGGCCAACAGUUCAAAUAAAACAGUAUUUGACAAUGAUAA